CACAUCGGGGGCGUUCUUCGCUAUCCAGCCUCAGUGUAAUUCCAGACAUCCACUAUCACUGUUCUCAGACUGAUUAUCACUAUUUCACGUCAUCCGUAAAAAUCAACUCGACAUCACCACCAGCGACUGCAGCAAAAUAAAUCGAUAAACCUCAACUGGAUCAUUCCGAGAACUUCAGCUGUCAGGAUUCAGCCGUGAUUAUCACAACCACAUCAUCGCCAAGGACAACUUUUUGAGAGAAAUCGUCAUCGCCAAGGACAACUUUCUGAGAGAAAUCGUUAUCGCCACUGGAAGCUCUUCAUUAAUGCAUCUCCACUGGAUCAUAACGAGAAAUUGGCAUCAUCAUUUUCAUUCCAAUUGGUUCUAGCCAUCGAGGAUGACGGGGGUAAAGACGAUGUGAAUGAAACCGAGAGGAAUCGUCAUCGGUUGAAUCGGCAACUUAAUGAACAAAACGAGAUAAACAAAGUUUACGAAGAAAAUUUAAAACGAUUAAAAUCGAAGCACACGUCUGGAAUAGUUGAGAAGAUCGAAGACAAUUUGAGAGAAUCAUCAUAAUUAUCAUCUAAUUACCAAUUAGUAUCAUUUUAAUUUUCAACAAUAAAAAUCACCAGAAAUUUUAUUAUUUCUGAUAAUAAAGAAAAUAAAAAGACGAUUGAAAAGAGUAAAAAUCGAAUGAAUCAUUGAAGCCAUUGAAAUCAUCGAGAAAUAUAAAUAAUCGGAGUAUAAAUAAUAAUAGCUACAAUCAAAAUAAAAAUUAAAUCAAAAUUAUCACUAAAUUUGAAGAUAUAAUUGAAAGAUUAUUGUCAAGAGGACCAGGAGCUUCUGGAGAUGACUGAUGACGUCAAACAAUCUCUUUGAUUCGCCUGAUGGAGAAUGAGAUAAGAGUCAUUGAUAAUUGGAGGAGUCAUUCUUGUGGCGAAUUGCUUCAUUGAUUUCUGUGUAACGGGGAUUAACGUGAGAGGAAAGGGUGAAUUCUGUGAGGAACGGUGGAGCUGCUGGAGAUCAUGGAGGAUUGAGUGGACCUAAUGGACGAGUCGCCACAAUCAGACGAGAGCGGAGGAUCUGAAGAGUGUCGGCACCUGUGGAUCAUCUCAACGUGCGAAAACCUAUGAAAAUGCGACUAAAAAUGAUAUCCCCUGUGGUCUGGGCGCUGCUGUUGUCCCAGGUUGCCUCAAGACCUCAGCAAACAGUGCCAGCAACGCGGACAUCCCAAGUGACGAAACACCCGGACGAAGAUGCACGUAGCAGGUACAGAGCGUCCCACAUCGCCUCUCGCAAUCUUAAUGAAUUUUACAAUAAGCUAUACGCCGGUGGUUUUACACCAGGUAUCAUGUCGAGUAUUAGGCAAUCAUUUCCGCCUGACGACAUGCCCAUACAUCCGCCGUCAAAAUCAAUAUUGAUUCCCCGAUGGAGUCCUCUCUCAAUCCCCUCCUCUCCUGAUCAGGCAUCAAAGUCACCGAUUACCGACCGAGUGCUCGUGUCCCCGAAGAGAUCUCGGAAUUCAGGCCGCUGGGCUACAACAAAGUCACCGAUCUCCGGGAAAAACCGCGUGGUAAUAAAACCCUCGAUCUUUCCGUCCCCCUCUUUCCCCACAAAGAAACGCCCAGCGGGUGUCCCACCUUCGCGAAAAGUAUCUAAACCCGAUAACACAACUCCGGAACCUGCCUUGUCGACACCUAAUCAAAAAACUUGGCCAAACACCCCUCCUGAGGAUAUCCUGGACCUCUACAACUACGAGAAAUACACGAGUCUCCUGGAACCCUCAAAAAAACCUACACCUGCUUCGAACCCUUCCAGUGAUCUUGAGAUAACAACAGAGAACCCCAAGGUCACGGUUUCCCAGCUACAGCCCGCGAUUCCGACGCUAAAGCCGUCACCGAAUAUCCAGGAGAUCAUCCAGUGGCUCCAGAUCCCCCCGUUCACGUCGACCGUCAAUCAGAGCUACUUCCUCGCGGAUACGAAGCCUGGGCAGAGCCUAUCGAAUACUUUCUCCCCUGUCUUUGACCCAAACCGACCGUUGGUAACACAAACGGACCCGGAUCAAACCCAAAACUAUGAUGAGGAGGUUAAUGAUUUCCACUUUUCGGAGGCUCAACCCUCGGAUAUCCCGUCGACCUUGCAAUCCAGCUUGGCGCCACUUCCGCCGGAACCGGCGAUUCAAGGGGAUACUUUACCAGGUCUGUCCAAUGAGGGGUCCGCAAAUCCCACUGUGGUCCCAAAACGGCCCCUCUUCAAGCCCAUCUCUGAAAUAUCUCAAAACACUGUAGUUCACAUAAUCAAUCCCAUGUCCAAAAGGCCCAAUGUUACUGUGAGUGAGGGCCAGCAAAACGUAUCCACCCUUAAGCCACCCCCGAAUGUCCACAUAAUGUUUAUGUCACAAGCUAAUGACACCAAACAGUCUCUCAAGGACUCAGUGAAUCAGUUGCCCUUCGAUAAGACCCCAGAUUGCCCUAUUAUCACUAUCAACUCAAUUACCAAAGUCAAUAAUACAAUUCAGAGUAAAGAGGGUUGCACUGAUCUGAACAUCGUCAUCAAUUCUCAACUCCUCAGUACAAAUAAUUUUGGGCCUGAGGUGAUCGGAUUGGACGAGGCUGGGUCUGAUAAGUACGGGGACAGUCUAAACCCGACUGAUUACUCAACGAUGUACGUGACAAAUCCCUCGGAGGGUUUCCCUUCAACUGCGUUAGCGUCGACGGGACCAGUUAGGGAUGUCAAUGGUACAUUGGAGGGCCCCUCAUCUGAACCCUCGGAUUCAACUCUUUCGAAUCCAAAUUUUGAUGUUAAUCAGGCGACGGAUAUUGAGUAUGAAGUGGAGCCGGAGGCGGCGGGGAAUGCAGCUGAGGUUCUGGGGCAGUUGGAUGCAGCUGGGCCUCAGGCCUCCGUGGCAGAUGCACCCGGCGUGGCGUCUGCAGCGGUUCGACCUGUGGCUCCAGCUGCAGCGGCUCUGGAGCAGUCCAGUGGUGCUGUUGGGGAUCCAAUCGGGCCCGCAAUAGCAUCUGGAGGCACUUUAGCCGCUGGGGCCCCGGCUGGGCCCGCGUCCACUGCUUUAUCGACUGUCGAUGAUGAGGAUGAUGACGAUGACGACGAUGAUGAUGAGUUUGAUCUUUCACCUGCUGGAAUCAUGGACGGCAUGGGCUCAAUAUUCACGUAUUUCACAUUUAUGAAUCCUCUAAAUUACGGAAUAUUCAGUUUCGCGGCUGCACCAUUCGCUGCUCUAGCUGCUGGCAUCCUCGGCAUUGCUGCUAUCUCAUUUCCUUACGCGUUCACUGGGAGUCUCGAUUUCGGUCGUUCCGCGGACAGGGUUUCCCCGAAGUUUAGAUCAAACCUCGAAGAGGUCGUCACGCAGUCCAUUCACGAUUAUAGAAAUUGGCAGGAGUGGAAGAGUAAACGGAGGAAGCGCAGGUUGGAGCCGCAGAAAAAUUCUGAUCUGAAGGACUACAUGGACCAGUCCCUGAGAACCGUAGCCACUCAACUGCUGAAUGUCUCCGGUCCAGAAGGACCAGCUGAGCCGAAAAAUGACACGAUAAAACCGAAACAGGGGCUGCUCAUUCGGAAGCCUGACCGGACGAUUCCUCCAGCGCAAGAGUCACCGAUCAUCGAAGAGAUGGAGCGGAUAAAGGGAGUGACACCAGACAUGACUGCUGCAGGGCGCCCGGUCAACUCCAAGUACAAUUACUUCGAGGUUAGCCACCCGGGUCAGGCGAUGGCGAUGACCGACGAGGACUUGGAGCGAGAAGUGGCGGCCACGAGGUACCCGAGUUACAAGAACCAACAGACGACGACCGGAGGGCUGUCCACCUGGAUCCUGCUGAAUCCACCCUCAUCCACGAAUUCCCCAGACGACGUAGACAAAACCGUCCCUCCGAAGUCUUCUUCCUCAACGCACCCUGAGGAAGCUGUAACGACUCCAAGAGCUACAGUGAAGACGACCUCCCCGCCGCAGAAGACGACACAGAAGACAACGAAGCUCGUCAGUUCAAAGAAGACAACGCCAAGCCCCGAAAAGAGUUCAUCAUCUCCUGGAGUCGUUACCCCGAGAUCUGAGCCUGCAGCGAAGAUGGACGAAGAGACGACGGCGAAGGCAACAACUAAGAAGACGACUCCAACGAAGACCACCUCCAAGCCGAAGACAACGACAGGACGCCCAACAACAGUUCUCACUAAGACAACUACCAUGAAGAUCGUCAAGUCACAGCCUCGUCCCUCCAAGCCAGCGAUUCGAAAGACCACGACGACAAGAGCGGAAGUGAAGACCAACUUCACUUCAAAAAUUGAGAAGGUGACAUUCAAGCCAGUUCUGAUGAUUACAACACCGAAGAGUCUUGUUGAGUCCAUCUCAAAACCCAUCUUCAACGCUAAAGUCCAGGGAUCGAUAAAGACAGAUCACAAGCCCUUACCCAUCGAGUCAACCCCGAAGCCGACGAAUGUCUUGAAACUUCACCUGAAAAAACCAGUGGACACUCCGACCACCAUCCAGAUCGAUCCGAUCAAAGUUAGCGCUCCAGUGCUGACGAUUGAGAAGCUCAGCAUCCCAGAAGACCCGGAGGACAAACGCACAAGUCUGGAACCAGUACCGCUGACCAAUUCUCAAAUUGAUGUCAAAUUCGACUUCAACCCUGAGUCGACGAGAGUCGAGACAUCCACGGAGACGACCACCAAGCGAUCGAAGGCAGCCUCCAAGAGGAAGAAGCACAAGACCCGUAGACGCAAGCCUGCCACGACGUCUUCACCUUCUUCUACAGCCGCCACACCUGCUGAAGAUUCACCAUUGAAGGAGCCGAUCAAGACAUCGACUCCCGCUUCCGGAGAAACCUCCCUCCAGGAAUCGAAAAUAGUUCCGGACGCUAACACGAAGCAGAAGAAGAAGCAAGUCGCCAAACCGAUCACCACGCAGAUUUACAAUUUCAUAAGUCGUGAGGUAAUGCCGAGUGUGGGAGUGAUGUCGCUGGUGGGUCUAGGUCUCGGGCUGGCCUCGUACUUCCUCUACCCCUUCGGUGGGGCGAUAUCCAGACGAAAUUACGAGGUAGAGCCCAAUUACAAGUACAACCUCGACGAAUACGGCGGGAACUACGGCCAGCGUGAAGAGGAGGUUUUCACGAAGGUGCUCCAGGGGAUGAAUUCUAACGACGGAAAGUACGGUGGUAUCAAGGACUUCAACAAGAACUACUAUAGGUAUCAAGCUUACGACGGUGGCUACACGGACACCACCAGGAGAACCGAUCCGCGAUUCCCCGCGUCGUCGGUUCCAGUCUUUCGCCCCGAGAAGACGUCCACCGUCUACGACAUGAAAUACAGAAACACCGGGUUCAAGUACUCUGACGGCUCGACGACACCGAGUUAUUACGAUCGUUCCAAGGGCUCUGACUUUGUUGAGACCAAUGUCGAUCGGCAGUUCGUGGUCGGGAACAUCCCGAAGGAGUACUCCAGCGAGGAGAAGGCGAAAUUCCCCAUCGACGCGAGCACUCAACCCUCUGGUGUCGACUUCGAGAAGCAGAUAGCUCAGAGUCUUCACUUCAGGCAGACUCAAGCUGAUGAUCAGGUCUUCGAUCAACCAAAUGCACAGGCUUUGAAGUCUGAGAGCUAUGAGGACGUUGAGAUCACGCCGGCAGCUGUCGCGGUCGAGCACGGACCGAGAUCUCUCAAUUCAGAAUCCGGGGAUUCCCACCGGGAUGUUCAUGGAAUUAAGAAGCGAAUGAGAAGGGAUUCCGUUAUCCAAUUCAUCCCGUCCCGCAGUGAGAUUGAGAGGGAGGAGAGGGAAAUGGAGGAUGAAGAGCCCUUGAGCAAUGAGAUCCUCGAUAUAAUCGAUUCAGCGUUACCCGGAGAAAUGACCGACGUGAAAAAAGAGACAAAGAAAACGGAAAUUGUACCGGAAUCGGAGAAAUCGACCACUAGCCCCACGCCCCAGGCGGCGGAGGAGACCGAAAGUGAAAAGUCUUCGACGAAGAGUCUUGAGACGACGUCGCCAGGGACUGAGGCCACGAACGCCGAGGUAUCAGAAAAUUCCAGCGGAGGGGAUGAAACUUUUACUACCACCCCGGAAACACCUGCAGAGGGCUUUAACGUCCUGAAUUUUGUCAAGAGACUUGCGGAGGUCAAGUUCAGGCUCGGCCUGACCAUCCUCAAGCACGCCUCUGAGAGUUUCGCACGAUAUCUCGGACAUGUCCAGAAGAGGAUAAAUGGGGAUGAAUAGAUUUUCGGGUUUUAAUCGUUUAAAGUAAAACCGAAUGCUGCAUUGCGUAUUAAUAGACACUUCCGGCAGUACUGCAUUCCUAUUUUUCGUCACGCUCAUUAAAGGAAGAAAUCUGCAGAGAAAAAAAAAUUAUUUCGCAUAUCUGACGUUUAGGAAAACUUCGGGAAGAAUUUGGAUGGGACACGGACGUGGAGUUAUUCUCAAUAUGAAUAUUAAGGAAUUUUUAUGUGAAUAAAACUUAGAUUAUGCUUGCAGCACGGGGCGCCAUUUUGGGAAGAACCCGCCAUUUAGCACCAUCUUUCGAAAUUCUGGGAAAUUUCCGACGAUUUUUCGGUUUUUUAAUAAAUUCGAGAUACGAAUUGCUAAAAAUAUAUUUUAAAUAUGCGAUUUUCUCAUUUAUGUAGCGAUCCAUGUCUUUUAUAGCGCGACGAAGACGGAAUACCUAGAAUAAUAAAUCUCUCAAAACAGAAUGAAAUAAAAUAAUUUAUUGUAAAGUACUCUAAUUAACGUUUUGUAAGCACUUUAUUAUUGUAAAUAAAUAUCAAAUAUCCAGAAUAAAUAUUUCUACUCGUGAAAAAAUUGUCAUCAAUCGCCACCGAAACGAAACUAUGGCAAAAAUAAAUAAAAAAGGGUUGUCAACAUAAAAAUUCGUCGAUAUAUUUAAUUACGGAAGUAGUGAAGAGA